UCGUGCCUCAUUAUUGGUUGGGGGGGUGGAGGAAUAGUGCCCCAUCGUUGGUGUCCGUGGGGGGGAGGAAUAGUAUCCCAUGAUUGGUGUCAGUGGGGGGUGGAAUAGUGCUCCAUGAUUGGUGUCAGUGGGGGGUGGAAUAGUGCUCCAUGAUUGGUGUCAGUGGGGGGUGGAAUAGUGCCCCAUCAUUGGUGUCAGUGGGGGGGGGGGGAGGAAUAGUGCCCAAUCGUUGGUGUCAGUGGGGGGGAGGAAAA